AUGGACGGAACGGGCGAGAUCAGGCCGGUGAAUUACAUCACCUCCGUCUCGGUGCCGUCGCGCGAGCUCACAUUUGACCUCGCCGUGCACGAUGACAUCUUCAACUCUUUCAACUGCUGCCGGCUCGACCACCAGUACAACCUUCUUGAAGGCAUGUUCAAGAACCCCGGCACCUGCGCACGCUACGCCCCGCUCUCGUCCUCCCCGCCCGCGUACACACCCGGGUUCGCGCUGGGCGGGUCCCCCGGGUCACCGUUCGGCGCCGGCGGCCUCGACGGCACGCACACACUGAUGUCCGCGCACCGGCGCGAGUCGUUCGACGGCGCGGGUGUGGGCACGAUGGAGCCGAUCAGCCCGUCGAGCGUGCCCGGGCUCGGGUUCGACGAGGACGCGUUCGAGGACGACCGGGAGUCGGAGGGGUCGUCGCUGCCAUCGGCGGCGUCGGAGGUGCAGCGGCGGGACGUGGACUGGUACCACGCGCCGCUCGCGCAGGCGCCCCAGCACCACCUCGAGCAGCACCAGAGUCAGGUGCAGGGGAGCCCUGAGUCGGAGCGGGAGCAGCCUGAGGGCAGCCUGGUGACGCCGCCAGGCGAGGGGGUCGGCGAGCAGCGGGGGCCGGCGAAGAAGCGCAAGAUGCACCAGUGCACGGUCUGCUUCAAGAUGUUCCCGCGGCCGAGCGGGCUCGCGAUGCACAUGAACUCGCACGCGGGCGCGAAACUGCCCGGUCCUGACGUGCACAAAGCCGUUUGCGGUCCGGUCGAACGCAAAGCGGCACCUGCGCACGCACGGAAUUUUCCCCUCGGUGGAGCACGGCUCAAGACCUUCCUCGUGCACGAGGUGAAGCGGCUCCCGCCGAAGCUGCGCUGGGUGCUGUCUGCGCUCUCGACCCGGACGAACGCCGGGGCGCUCCCGCGCACGGUCUCCCCGCAUCACUCCCUGCGUACGCCGCCCUUGCUGUUCUCCACGCACUCGUACUAG